AUGCAUAUCACACAUAGUCCCCACCAGAGUUUUCACAUUUUAUCCCAAAGAAACAAUAAUGUGGUUGUCAUAAUAAUAAAUAACAAUAAUGUCAGCCUUACGUUUUAUUUACGUGAAAAUAAAGCUAAAGGUACUUUAAGUAUUUUUAAACGUGAACGAUGCAUUGAAACCUCAUCAUGCACACUAGAUGAAUAUGACAAUAAAGUAAGUGAUUCGUCAUCACAACAACAAACUCUUCCAAAUCAGUCAAGUUGUUAUACUGACAAGUCUACAUUAUUCACCAUACCUAAACACGACGAUAGUAAUAAUAUUAAUAAUGAAGGAGUUGAAUUACAUCAGAAGAUGGAUAUAUCAGCUGGAAUUGAUUAUUGUUAUUAUCCUAGUAAUUCAAUUAAUAAGCAUAAUAGUGAUGAUGGUGGAGCAAAGAAUCCUGAUAAUGAUGAUAAGGCAGUGCUACUACAGAAUACAAUAAAAUCAAUAUCUGGUAAUGGGAAACAGUUGACCAAUUCAGUUGUUAAUGUGACUAAUUGUGAUAAUGAAAUUGGUGAGAAUACGUCAAUUUUAUCAUCAUCAUCAUCAUCAUCGUCGUCGUCGUCAACCGCAACAUUUGAAGGUCAACAACCACCGCCACCUCCAGAACAACAACAGCAACAGCAACAACAACCGAAACAACAAAAAGAACAACAUUCUAUGCCACUUAUAACAAUUGCUUAG